AUGUCUGGCAGUAUAGUAACAACAUCUGAUCAAGAUACUUCUACGCCGAGGCGAUCAGUUGCCAGAAGGGCGUGUUUAUCGUGUCGAGAAAAGAAAAUUAAGUGUGAUGGUGAAGAUGUUAGCAGAAUGAAUAAUGAAAAUGCCAGCGAUCAACGUAUGCAACAUAACUCAAAUGUUUGUACAAAUUGUAAGUUUUUAGGGAUUGAAUGCGUUUUUGUACGAAGCAUGAGAGGAGGCAGACGAAAGAGGAAAGUUGAUUCUGAACAAGAGAAUGCUAAAAGUAUAAAGACAGAGACAAACAACGAAAAUACUACGGCCAGUACUAUAAAGAGCUCUCAUACUGGGUCAACGUACUCAGAGCGUGACUCACCACCACUUCCAGGUAUCAGGUCAAAAUAUGGACCUCCUUCACCUUCGUCGUUUUACUCUAUGCCGCUUGGCGAGCCAGGUGUUAGAGCAGAAAAGCCAAGAAGAGAGUACGUUGGAGAUGGUUACGGCCUGCAUUAUGCCUAUGAUUACAGGCACUAUCCUCCAGCACCACCUCAUCAUUUUUAUCCGCCAGCACCACCAGGGCCUCACAUGAUGGGCUACCCACCACCACCACCGGGUGCCCCACCUUUCUUCCAUCAUUUAGGGCCACCCCCAGGGCCACCACCACCAGGACCACCGCCGCCAGGACCACCGCCGCCAGGACCACCGCCAGGACCUCUGUACCAUCCUCAUUAUAGCAAACAUUAUUGGAAUGAUCACUCAACAAUUCCUGCUCCUAUGAUGGGCCAUUCACACCCUCAUACACAUCCACACCCACACCCGCAUAAACAUCCGCAUAGACAUCCACAUAAGCAUCUGCAUCAUAAGAAACAUCAUCAUUGGCAUGAAUAUUUAACCCCCCCUCAUAUGAUGGGCCAUCCACGUCCACUGCAUAAGAAACAACACUGGAGUGAUUACUCAAAACAACCUCAAAUGAUGGGGCAGCAUCACCCACGAUCUCCAUCGUACCGUGAAAAUGGUGGAAAGAUGAAACCCGAGUCUUCUAUGAGCUCUGGCUCGCCGAUAACUGCAGAUUCUCCAGGUCUUUCGAAGCCAGGUUCGGGUCGAUCGUCAAGAUCAGUAUCAAUUUCAAAUAGUGGACCAACUUAUCAAUAUGCGUCCAAAGAGGAUUCUGAAAGCCGUCAUCCUCCAUACAUUAUCCCUCGCCUAGAAGGAACAUUCACUUCGGGAUAUUCGCUGUCGUAUAAUUCUAAUGAUAGCAAGAAUGACACCAGGUUAUCAGACGGAUCAAGAAGUGCCUACGAGGCGUCUGAAAGUAUAUAUUCGCCCAAUCAAAGAGGUAUACAUGGCGAUGAAGAAGACUAUGAAAAACCAUUUUCAAGUUAUGAGUUAAUGAAAUAUGAGUUACCAAGUUGGCCCUCCUUAAACAAAUUGCUUGAUUAUUAUUAUAAAUAUAAUCAUUCCAAACAUCAAUUGCUAUCCAGCAAGCGUGAAUUGAUCAAGAGGAUAUCAUUAAAUUCUGAUAGCUCGAUUCUACAUGCAAUAAUUUCAACUGUUUGUCUAAUUGACGAUAAAUUUGAAUGUGAAACAUAUUGGGUCGAAAGGGUCUUUAAGUAUUGGGAUAACUUGAAUGAUUUUGGGAUGUUAUUAUCUUACAGCUUAAUAUCUAGAAAUUCUCUAGUACAAUCUGAUUUUAGUAGGCUAAACGACUUGAAUUCCAAGAUAUGGGGCCUUAUAAGAACGAAUAAAUACAUAGAUAUAGUCAAUGAACCUAAAGAAAAUCUUAAUUCGAGGCAAAGAUAUGAAAAAGAAAGAUUAAUAAGAAUAAUAUGGAACUAUUGGAUUAACCACGUUGUUCUUGUCCAAUUCAAACAAGGUUUCCCACGCUAUCAAUUAUCCAAAGAACAAGAAAAUGUCAAAUUAAACGAUGAAGUACACAAACACAUGUCUAAUUUAGCAUUACCAUUAAGUGAUGAAGAAAAUUUAGGAAUGCAAGGUAAAAGACAAUAUUGCGAGGAAUUGAAAACUAUUGAUUUGUCUAAGGAUGAAUUGGCCGACUCACAUGCUGUAAUAUUAGCAACUAGGAGAUUAGAAUCUACCAUCAACAAAAUAAGUCUGGAUGAAUUAACAGAGGAAUCAGGAUUCAGUAACGAAUUGAAUAAUUAUGUUAAUGAUAAGGUUUUAACAAUAAAUCAAAAUAAUACAGUAUUAAUUAUUAACUCAUCAUAUCUAUUGGCGAGCUUUAUAACAAAAACGAAUGAUUGUUUACAUAGUUCCUUUUUCAUCAGUGAUAUAAUGUUUUCUGGGAUAUCUAACCAUCAACCUGAAGCUAAUAGAUUAAUUUCGUUGGCAGAUGACUUUUCGGUAAGAAACAUAUUUAAUUUCGAUGGUUUAUCUAAGUUGAUUGAAGACUUGUCAACAUUUCAAUGGGAUUGUUUGACUAAUCUUAUUACUUCAAUCUCAGAUAUAAUGAAAUUGAUUGAACUUGGUAGUGGUACUUUACCAAACGAAGACUCUAAAUAUUUGGUUAUUAUAGGAGUUACCGCGACCGAUAGGGCUGAUAAUCGCCCCUGGUGGGAUAAUUCUGAGUUGGUAACAGAUCUGAAUGACUCGUGGUACAAAUAUCCUGAUUUUGCUCUUUAUUCAGCGUGUUCGUUAGUUUCUAUACUCGUCAGCUUAAUAAUUUUAACAAAAUUUGUUAAAUUCAAAAAAGACGACUCAAAGUUAAAGAUUGAAUUAUUAAAUACUAAUGCCGAACGCCAAUUGGACCUUCCUGCCAACCAUCAAUUUAUUGAUGAAUUCAAUGACGAUAUAAUGUUGCAAAAGUUAUCAGGCUUAAUUAGUUUCAUUAAGUUUAAAUUACAAUCAAAUAAUUAUAAAACAGAGCUAAUUAAUGAAACAAUGGAAAAGUUUGAUCAAAUAAAUCUCUACAUAGAGGAAACUUUAGGUACAAUUUCGACCAAGUAA